AUGUUGUCUCCUUUUCACACUUCUUCUGAACUUGGAUCGGUUUGGUUGGUUGGAAUUCUAAUCAAUUUAGGCACUCUACGGAAACACGGCUUCAUAUGA